AUGCCACGAGAAGAUGUACGCGGAAUAGACCAUCGAGUUUUCUGCGAGCUCGACAAAGUCCCACAUGGCCCUUCGCUACUCCGAGCAAUUAGAAAGCACCAACGCGACGCCAAAGCCCUUGCAGAAACUCUAGCCGAGCACGAUCCAAUGAUGCUCGCAGAACAUCGAGGCAUCUCUCUCGCGCAAGACACCGAAGUAUCCUACGAAGAUGGAGCCCAGACACCUCCUCUGCAAGCCGUGGCCGAAAAAGCUUCGGCUAAGGACAUCAACGACGAUGCGAAUGAUGCGCUUUGGAUCACUGAGCUUUCCUUCCUAAUGACUACUACGGUCUUGCUCGGUUCCAUCCGACGAAAGAGACCGGCUAAGUCUCCACAUCAACCCGCCAAAUGCUACGCACCCAUAUACUUCGGCCGCGAAGCUGGUAUUCCUCGCGAGUGCGUCACACAGGGCUCAGACGCCAAAAUCAUCUUGACAAAGCGAGCCGCGAAAGUUUUCCACAAGCUGGCCAAGGAGGUUGGACUCAGCAUUGGCAGCUACAUGCCCGUGGUCAGCUAUGUUGUCCGUAAAGGGGAAUCAAGAGCAGAGGCAGGCGGCGAGCGCGAGGAGCGAGCGUGA